CCUCGCGGCGCCGCCGCCGCCAUUUUGUGAGCGGCCACUUCCGGGUUAGCAGCGGCGGCGGCAGAAGCCGUUGCGCAGGCGCCGUGAGAGCACACCGACCGGGACGGGUGCUGUGGCAGAGGCCGACCACCUUUACCGGCGGCUCCUGUGCCGUCACCAUGAGCUUUUGCCAGACUAGUCGGGGCGUCUACCUCUCUGCUCUGCGGAACCCCCCGGUGGCCACUUUCUUCCUGUGUCUCAUGACCCUGAGUAUUACAUUACUCUGUAUUGGAGCAUACAUCGAAACGCAUCCAGUGAAGGACUUUUCCCAGGACUGGGACGGUUUUCUGAAGACCCUCAGCUUGCAGAAGAUCUGCCCUCAGGGUAACACGACCGGACAACCGCCCUCCCCUGAUCUGGCCAGAGAUUCAGCAUUGCUUCCUGAUCAUCCCAGCAAUGUGUCUGUCCUGGCCAGCAUUGUGCUGUCUCCACAGAAACUAGCUGUCAAUCUCUCCGGCCUGCAGAUAUCCACCACAGGCCGGCAGCUGGGGAUGACAGGUCCCAGCGUAGAUGCCCGUCUGUUGGUAACGGUGACCUCCGGCGGGUGGUCGGUGCAGUGUAAUGACAGCGGUGCAGAGUGCCCAGUGAAGCACUGUGUUACAGUUCUUGGUCCACAAAUCCUUCUGCCUCAGAGUAGGUCCUCACCAAAGUGUCCUGUGAGCAGUGGCGGUGUGCAGCUACAACCGCACCUGUACGGGGUGGGAGCGGCACAUGACAUCUCCUGUUGCAGCAUUGUGUAUAAUGGAGACUCAGAUCUGCGGAACAUGUUAUCCCAGGGGGAGCGCUCCUUGUGCUUUCACCGCCUGCUGAUCUCUGCAGUCUGUCUCUCCGUCCUCUGGGUCAUUUUGUACACGAUCAGCUGCUGCAUGAACCGUCCCCUCAAGGUGGACAAGUGGACUCCUGUAGGACUGUGAGGGGGUCUCAUCUGCCACAGACAGUGCAAUAAAAUGGACACAAUACAA